AUGACGGCCGAAGAUGUCCCCGACGACAAAGCCACAUCCCGUUCCGCCUCGCCAGCAUCUGACAAAGGGGAAAACUCAGCAAAGGAAUUCCAGGUCUCGAAAAGCAUUUGGGGCCAGAAGAUCGGAGCUAAAGAGGAGUCCGACACGCGUGCCCGACCGUGGAAGAAAUUCUUUGGAGAGCCAGAGGCGGUCAAGGACGAGAAUGGGGAGGAUUGGAUUGAUUAUCCUGCGAUUUAUGACGUGUCGAAGAAGGGAAUUGCGGAGUGA